ACAAUGGGUUGUUGAGCGAGAACGAAGAGGAAGACCCACCGCCGGGCGAGCUGGAGAAGGUAGAUGCCGAAGGGACGCCGGCGGGGAAGCCCAAGGGGACCAGCCCCACCGGUGGAGAGGGGACGAAGCCCGGUGACGGCCCCCAAAAACCGGAGAACCAGCCCCGAAAGCCGUCGGGCAAGCGACAGGGGAAAUCGGGCCACCGAGGCUUCAAGAAAUUCCCCCCGAGGAGCUUGCUCGGCCACGGCCGUUGCCACGACUGCGGCAAAGCUUUGGCUUUCGGUUCAGCCUUCAACAAACGCCGGCGAGGGACCGAACGACCCCAUAAAUGCCCCGAAUGCGGGAAGUGUUUUCGGCUCAGCUCGACCCUCAUCACCCACCAACGCCGGCACGCCGGCGAUAAACCCUACAAGUGCCCCGACUGCGGCAAGACCUUCAGCGUCGGCUCGGCUUUGGUGAAGCACCAAAAAUUACACCUGGAGGAAAAACCCUACAAAUGCAGGGAUUGCGGGAAGGGUUUCAACGGGAAUGCGCAUCUGGAGCGGCAUCGCCGGAUCCACACCGGCGAAAAGCCCUACGCCUGCCCCGAAUGCGGCAAGAGCUUCAGUUGGAGCUCCCACCUUGACCGGCAUCGCCGUACCCAUGCCGUCGCCGGCGAACCCGCUUGCCGUUGCGCCGAUUGCGGUCGCUGCCCGGCUCCUCGCGGCGCCGAAGGCUCCAAAACCCCCGAGAAGCCCUUGCAAUGCGGCGAAUGCGGGAAGGGCUUCACCAAGAGCGCGGCGUUGGCCAAGCACCGGCGCGCCCACGCCGGCGAGAAGCCCUACAAGUGCGGGGAGUGCGGGAAGGGUUUCGGCUUGAACGCCGCGUUGCUGCAGCAUCAACGGAGCCACGCCGCCGGCAAACCCUACCAAUGCAGCGAUUGCGGCAAGAGCUUUGCCUGGAGCUCCCACCUCGACCGGCAUCGGCGUAUCCAUAUGGGCGAGAAACCCUACCGUUGCGGGGAUUGCGGGAAGAGCUUCUCCCAGAGCUCCCACUUGGAGCGGCACCAGCGCGUCCACGCCGGCGCCGAGCAACCCUGCCAAUGCACCGACUGCGGCAAGAGCUUCUUGGCCUCCAACAAGCGCCGGCGGCUCGUCACCGGCGAACGACCCUGUAAGUGCACCGAUUGCGGGAAGAGCUUUCUUUGGGGCGCGCGUGCCCGACCGGCGCCGGAGAGGACCCAUAAGUGCAGCGAGUGUGGGAAGAGCUUCACUUACCGGGCGGAGAACGUCAAGCACCAGGGGACGCAGACGGGGGAGAAACCCUACACCUGCCCCGAAUGCGGGAAGAGCUUCGGGCAAAAUUCGGCGUUGGUGAAGCACCGCCGGAUGCACACGGGAGAAAAGCCCUACAAGUGUGGGGAUUGUGGGAAGAGCUUCAGCGUCCGCUCCAACCUCAUCAAACACCAACGGACCCACCUCGGCGAGAAGCCCUACAAGUGUCCCGACUGUGGGAAGGGUUUCAUCCAGAAGUCGGACCUCACCAAGCACCGCCGGAUGCACACCGGGGAGAAACCCUAC